CUCGAGCGCGCAACGAAGAUGCUAUAAAAGCAAGUCUCACUGAUUGUUGAAGCGCACUCACAUAACGAAAACGGUUCGGUAUCUUCGGAUUACGGCCAUGGGACUCAUCAUAUUUUUGAUCGUGUGUGUCAUAUUGACAGCUUGUGAGGGAAAAUACGAUGAAAAUGGAUUUCGAUAUGAGGGACCACCAGCGCCAUUGGCUGACGAUGGAAGAGUAAUUGACACACCUGAAGUGGCUCAUGCUCGUGCCAUGCAUUUAGCAGCUCAUGCUGAGGCCCUUCGAAGAUUGGCACAAGUACCCACACCUCCGGAUGCUUACGAGGACAAUCAAGAUACAUCCUAUGUAUCUUCAAUUGCUUCCAGAAAUUAUCUCACGCCACUCGCCUAUGAUGGACGAUUCGUAAACACGCAGGAGAUCGCACAGGGAAAAUUAUCAUCCUACAAUCAAGCGAUAAGUAACAGUUACAAUAAUUAUCGACCACAAAUGAAUUACGAUGCAACAAGAAGGAAUUUCGUUUAUUCUUCGCCGAUUCAUUUGUCCUACACACAUAAUGUGCCUGCAACCUAUAAUGGACCAUUGGCACCAUUGGGUCCCGAUGGUAGAGUUAUCGAUACACCGGAAGUUGCAGAGGCCAAAGCAGCACACAUGAAAGCUCACGCUUAUGCUGCAUCACUUGUUGGACAACCAGCUGCCUAUAAUUCCAUUGAUAAGAAGAAUGUCCAUCGUAGGGCCCCGCAGGACCUGAGGGAGCUCGAGCAGCAGCUUCAGCUAAAGCUGACAAAUGAGCUGAUUUUAAUUGUGCCACUUCCGGUGUAUCAACAACUCUACCAUCCGGUCCCAAUGUUCACUGAUGUCAAUGGCGCUCGUAAAUACUGUGCAAUUCAUGACAACGACCUUGAGAAAAUUGUUGAAUACAGUCUCAUGGAGACUGUUAUUCUAGACGAAUUGAAUAUCAGUCGCUCAUUAAGGGCACACUCAACGACUACUCUUACACAUGUCGUGGUUGCAUCGAUGGUAUCAGUGAUAUUCGCGAGACCUGAAUAUUACGCUGGAGGACAAUAUCCAUAUCAAGGACCAUCGGCGCCAAUUGGGCAUGAUGGUAGGGUAAUUGACACACCUGAAGUGGCAUACGCAAAGGCAGCUCAUUUACAAGCCUUUGCCGAUAUUGCUGCAAGAAUACCUUAUUCAGGAUCUUCGGACGAUUACGAGGGAAAUGAUUAUGGUCAAGCUAAUAUCUAUUCACAUCAUCCUCUUGGAUCUUAUGGUUAUUCUUCACCCACACAAUUUAGCAGUAGAAUUUAUCAUAUUCCACAAGGAUAUCAAGGACCACCUGCUCCAUUAAAUCACGAGGGGAGAGUGAUUGAUACACCGGAAGUGGCACAAGCUAAAGCGGCACAUUACGCGGCAUUACAUCAUGCGGGAAAUUCGGGUGCGUAUCAUGAUUCACCAGCAAAAUUUGCUUACGGAGUGAUUCCUGCUCCUCAUCAUCAUCAUAAUAAUAAUUAUGCGACUCCAGUCUAUGGACACGGAAACUAUCAUGGACCAUCGGCUCCUUUGGCUCACGAUGGAAGAGUCAUUGAUACACCGGAAGUAAAUCAAGCCAAAGCUGCACAUUUUGCUGCAAUUUCCAAAGCCACUCAUCAUGGACCCUAUGGACAUUAUGGAAGCAAAGAAGAAGAAGAAGAAGCAAUCCAUAGACGCAAUAGACUUUUGCUUUGGGAUGGAGUGAUCGCCUUUCGCCUCAGGCAAAUGCUCCUGACCUCGACACUUGAUUAUCAAGGAGGUGUAUUGUGGCUAGACGGAGUUCCAGAAGCGCACUUGCUUCAGGGCGUGUUCCCCUCCAGGUCGACGACUCCCUACCAGAUUCUCAUACAUAUAAAGGGGGAUCGAGAGUCUCUUCGUCACAGCAUAACAGUCCACACCUUUAGCGAGUACUGGAAAUCCAGCAGCGCUCAAUUCAAGAAAAAAAAAAAAAAAAAUUCAAUCAUGAAGACCUUCAUUAUUCUUUCGGCGAUAUUUGCCCUCUCGCAAGCUCUCGUACAACCAUAUUAUGCAUAUGGUGGAUAUUAUGGAGGACCUCUUGACACACCGGAAGUAGCGAAUGCAAAAGCAGCACAUUUGGCGACUCAUGCCUAUGAAGCCGCGAGAAAUACUUUGGGAUAUGCUUAUCCUUAUCAAUAUCAUCCAAUUGCCUACGCAGCUCCACUCUAUGCUUAUCACAGCUAUGCUCUUGGAGCUCCUCUUGGACCCGAUGGACGUGUCGUUGAUACUCCCGAGGUGGCACAAGCUAAAGCUGCUCAUUUCGCCGAACACGCCAAGGAAGCAGCAAAAACAACUGGACGCCCCUAUGGAGCACUUGCCUUGACUUAUGCUUACGGAUAUCCUCACACAGCACCAAUUGGUCUUGAUGGAAAUGUUGUGGACACCCCCGAGGUUGCCAUCGCCAAAGCUGCACAUUACGCCGCCCACGCCGAAGCCACCAAGAGUCAAUGAAGAAAUAUUCGAAAAAUCUAGCUCUAAAAAUCAACUAAAAGUUUCUUCGUGAUUUUUUUCUUUUUUUUAUAACUCUCUCGAUUUUUAAAAAUAUAAAAAUUCAUUAAACUCCUAUAAAAAAAAAAUGUUAGAAAUAUUUCCUUUUUCUGCGACGAAGAAACUAGGUCUUUGUACAAUUCAAAUAACUCAUUUUAUGAAAAGUAUAAAGAAACAUUUAGUACCAUUUAAAAAAAAAACAAUUUGUCGUAAUACAAAUUACGGCGAUUACAAUGCCAUAAUAAUUAUAUAAUUCCUUGUGUGUGUGCUCUUUUUUUUACAGUAAAUGAUAAAUAAAUGAUUAAUUACAUAUAA